AUGGAGGACGGAUAUAUCUGUUAUAACAUAAAACUUGGAUUGGCAGAGUUAUUUGUGAUUACAGGUUUUCCAUUUAAAUUUGAAGCAACUCAAGCUUUCUGCUUUGAUAAAAUAGCGAAUUAUAAAAAUCAUUUAUCACGCCUAGGCUAUAAAUUACCUCAAAACUUGACUAACAGAAAGGCUAUUAACUGCCAAAAUAUAGAGAUUCAUCUACCAGAAAAUUCUAACAAAGAAGUUCAGUUUGAUUAUGCUAUUGAUUCCGUGAUAAACGGAACUGAAUCAAAGUUUUUAUUUUUGUUUGGAGAAUCACGUGAGAUCCUUGACCAAAUUGGUUUAUACUUCAGAACUUUCAAUUCUUUGGCACUACAUUAUAAUAAGGACUUAAAAUUAUACUACUAUUUCGAUAAAAGUUGCAUUGGGGCUGUUAUGGACUGAUUUGAGGAUUUUUAUAUAAAAAGAAAUCAUGCUAAUGUCGAUCAAAUUGAAAUAUUCCCAAAUCCAUUCAAUAGAUGCGUAAGAUGUGAAACCACUCGUGGGUAUGGAUUUUUCACUAUAUGGAUUUGUAGAGAAAUCUGUGAUUUUUGCGCUAUAAAUUCUGGACCUGAUGUGUGCCCAAACUGUAGCUUAUCUCUUGGUACAACUGAAUUUGGGUACAUAAAUAGCCAUCAGAUAUGUAUAGAUUGCGGAAAAAUAGAAGCAAUAGAAAAGCCAAGGCAAGAUCAUUGCAAAGAACAUAGGAAAAAAAAGUUUCCUAGUUAA